GUUUGUACAGACGUAGCAAGUAAAUCCUAUGCGUGUAAGCGGCGUUAAACGUCCGAGGAAGAGUACGUGACAGUCUGUUGGCGUCGCGGGCGCGGAGUAGACGUACGUCACAGUUGAACCUGCUGCUUGCCUGCUGUUGCAGCGGACGCCAGAAGAGCGUCGCGACGUCCUCGUCACGGAAUAUUAUCCAUUCAUUCAAAUAUGUCAUUACAGUUAAUUGCUCGAAGUAGUGUAAACGGGUGUAAAAAAUCGAAAUCGUUUCGUCGACCGAUCAGAAUGAUGGUUUGUCAUUGAAAAGUGCCAAAUAAGUGUUGAAGUAAGUCAGUUUGCCAAAGUAAAAUUCAAUGAAUAUAUAUCGUGUGUAUUGUUGUCAUGGAGUUUGCCGAUAGUGCGUUAUUUUAAGGUAUUUUGGAAAAAUCAAAAUAUGGCUGUUGCUACCGCGGGAUGCGAUCCAAAAAUUCAGAUGGAGAACCGGGGCUUUGAGGAUGAGCUACCGGUGUACAAUAUCGGUAGUUCUGAUUUCUUAUCUCCCAUGGAGUCUUCCAAAAAAUCUGGUCGGGAAUUAUUUCCUAAUGUGUACGGAGCCGUUCAAGAGGCGCAUGUGUACGAAGAUAUUUUACCGGGUACUUCAUGCAGUGUACCUUCUCCGUCUUCUGGUCCUUCAAACCUCUUCAGUAGGGACAAUCCGUGUUUCAGUCCGAUUCCAGAAACCCUGGGAAACAAAACAUCGGAUGGCGUGUUCAGUAUAUCGAAGGACGUACCUGCAGACAUUUCAUUUGAAACUGACAAUGAGUGCAGAACGAAUGGGGAUGUUUUGUCUAAGGACGUGAUCGCAAGGCUCCAUCGGACCCUGACGUUGCCUCUCAAGAAGAAGAAGAACCAGAAGAGGUCGUCCGAUGACAGUACCUUCGACUGUCAAUACCGCGGGAAUAAUCGAUCGGUUCGCGUUACGAAAAAAGAAAAAGGAGCUAUGAACGAACGUGACGACGCGCUGAGCGAAGAAGAAGGAGAAGAAGAAGACGGGGAAGGGGAUCCGGAAGUCUUCGAAGAGGUGAGGACCUCGUCUAUCUGCAGAGCGAGACAAGAUGCCGAUCGUCACCAUCUGGGAAGGCGGAGAAGAAAACGUGACUGCAAACACUGCAAAAACCAACAACAACAAUUGCAGCAGCAGCAACAGCAAGUUGCUUCAAAUGACCCGGAAGAAUUAAACGCGUCGAAAAAAUCCCGCCGUAAGAAGGAAUCCGAUGAGAAAAUUGCCUCGAGACUUCAACUCCCGAUCCUGGCGAGUAUCCCUGCGGGAACUGGGAAGCUCCCGAAUUUCGGGAAAUCGAAAACCCCCGGGAAAGAUCACCGUCAAACUCCAGCUUCCGUUUACUCGGUUCAAAUGACGACGACGAACAACGCUGGAAUUAACUGGAACCAAAAUCCCAUGAAAUCGCUCAACUAUGAUAAAAACGAAAUUCAGGGGAGACUGGAGAACAACCUAAGCACGGAUAACAAGGCGCUUAUAACUCCUGAAAAAAAUCGUGCCACUAUGAAAGUAAACUCGAUAUACUCACAAGAAAAUAUGCAAUGGGGAUCGAAGGAAACGCCCAUUUUCAUCUGUAGUACGGACCUCGAUAAGGAACACGAACACUUUCAGCGGGCAUAUUCUCUGCCGAGCAGAAGCCAGACGCCAUCGUCUCAAAACCGAGCAAAUCUUCGUCGUAGUGUUAGGGGUGAGCCGCCCCCUCGAGCUGCAAGAUUAGACAAACACAGGGGAGGAUGGACGCUGCACUUUGCCCGACCUUUGCGAUCCGGAGGUUGCACCAAAUCUGUUAUAAUUCUAGUUAUGGUCAUCAUACUCCUUUUGGGAGUUGGAUGCGCCGCUCUCUAUAUUCUAUUUGAGCCUCAGAAGCUGCAGGUGAUUCAGCAAUACUUGAUGGCUUCGGCGCCAGAAAACACGACGUCUUCUAUCUGCGACUCUUGCGAAACAGUCAAAGUCCUUUUGGACGAUUUGAAUAACACCGCAAAUCCGACAAGCAUGCAUCUGGACACAACGACAAAAUCAACUACGACCACGACAGCUAAAACAACAACUACAACCGUAACAUCUACAUUUUUCUGGCCCCCCGAAUUUAUCCCGUCAGAAUCAAAUGUUCCAGAAACUACGUCGACAACGACGGAAGGAACGAAAACUUCAAAUCUCAAUACAACUAGGUAUUGCGACGAUUGCGUUACCGGCGAAGUAUGCGUCGCUCUAAUAAACGAGGAAGUACCAACCUGCAAGAUUGCUCCCGAUCCUGAAGAUCCCACGGGAUGUGCAGGACUCUGUUUAAUAAACAAACAACGAUGCCAUAGGCUCUAUCCCGACGCCUUUAGGUGCGUCGAAGUCGAGCACCACUGUCUCGACGGUGAAUGGACUUGUUCAAACGGUCUUUGCAUACCCGUUGUAAAACGUUGCGACGGACACAUGAACUGUUAUGAUCAUACGGACGAGUACGAAUGCGAUUGUGACCUCGAGACGCACUUCCGGUGCGGAAAUAAUACCUCGUGUUUGCCGCUCGAAAGAAGAUGCGACGGUGUAAUUAACUGUUGGGAUGCUACCGACGAAAUAAACUGCACCGUAGGUGAAGGUCUUAAUAUGUCUUGUCCACUGGAAAACGAAUUCACCUGUAGCGAUGGUCAAUGCAUAAUGAAAGAUCGAUUCUGCGACGGUUUCCGAGAUUGCACUGACGGAUCAGACGAACCCCACGGGUGCCAGGGGCGCUGCAACAAACAGGAAUUCACUUGCGGAAAUGGAAGGUGCAUAACAAGAAGUACAAAAUGCAACGGGAUAGACGAUUGCGGUGAUGGAACCGACGAGGUGCGCUGCAGAGAUAGAUUUACUUAAGACUCUAGUAUUAUAGUGAAUUAUUCAACAAAGAAAGAAUACCAGGUAGACUCGAAUCCAAUGGUAUAUCCUAUUGAUGUUGAAAUUUGUAAUUUGUAUUAUAAAAAAUGGUAUUUUCGAAUAUAGACGCGUGGAAUGCGAUUAAUAUAUUAUCAGAUGUAUUGUAAUAUUAACAAGAAAAAAGAAGAAAAAAAGAAACAGAAAACAAAAAAGUUCACAAAAAACCCCAAAAAAAUCAGCAAUAAAAAUUGAAAAUUCCAAAUA